UAUGGUUGUGAUCAGAAUGACGGCAGUUGAAAAAUUGUGAAAUUUUGAAUAAACAAUUAGUGCUUUGUGAUUUAAUUAAAAAUAAAAAUAAAAAGUUUCAUAAAGCAUUCACUAUAAUUCAUAACCAAAGAGAACGUAACAGUAUAUCAAUGUGUGAUACCUUUCUACUUUUACUCUAUGGCAUAAAAAAAUGACCACGCACAAAGAAAGAUCAGCGUGCAAGAACGGUCUUGAUGUCUCCGACAACGAAAAGAAAAUGAGGGAGAAUAUAAAGGAGGAAAAAACGACGAAAAGGCCGAAGUGCGAACUCGACGGGAACGGUCGAUUGAAUCUCAAGGACAUUUUACGGUCCUUCAAUGGACCGGUCAACCAAGAACAAGCAUGGGCAUUGUGUUAUCAAACGGCCAAGAGUUUGUCACGUCUGCCGGAUAACAAUUUCUACGAACUAUCGGAGUUAUCUCAGAUCGUCCUUCACAAGGAUGGCGAUGUUUGGCUCGGCGAUCUAAUCGAUUCGAAGAAACCUCAAGUUUCCGAGAAAAAGGCGGUGUUCUCAUUAGGUAUGAUGAUCUUUAAAGCGCUUGAUUUCGGCCUAGAUGAACAGGAGGAAAGGCCUCUGUCACCAGAUUUAGAAGCCCUUAUAACAUUAAUGACUAGUGCAGAUGAAGAUAUUGAAGGGGAAACGGAAGAACGUCCGCAGGAAACAGACGAUGAAGGCAUCGAGCGGGACUCCAGUGAUGUCGAUGUAGAUGAAUUUUUGUCGCAGAAAAGUAACGACGCUUACGAGGAAAGGUCACCAAUGUACUCGUUAAAGAAUGUAAUGCAAUUAUGUACCAGACAUAUGCAGACUUCCAUUGAAUCUACUGAAUCUCAUUAUAAAGCUGUAAUACGGGCAUACGUAGCGGAGGCUUUGGAAUUAUCACAAUUUUUGGAUACAGUAGCAGCUGAUAAAUUGCAAGCUAGUCAGAGGGAUGCUGGGAACACUGAAGGAAAUAAGCAAACCUCGAUGUCCGUUCAGAACCUUGAUACGCUAGAUUUUAUUGAUUGGACUGACAUUAGGAUUUGGAGGGCUAUACAAGCAAGAUUUUGGGUACAAGUUAUUCAAGAGCUGAGAAAGGGUGUGAAACUAAAAAAAGUGGAAGCCAAUUUGGGUUCAAAGAAUACCACUCGUGGACGUGGAAAGGGGGCAGAAUUUGAGUUAACACCGUAUGAAAUUUUGAUGGAUGAUAUCCGAGAAAGGAGAUAUCAUCUAAGAAAGACACCGUCGCCAACGCCUCAUUUGCGAAAAGAUGCUCACGCUGUCAUUCUCGAAUUUAUUCGAAGUAGACCUCCUUUAAAAAAGGCCUCUGAAAGACAGCUACCACCUCUGCAAAAGGAAUGGACCCUCCGGGAAUUACUCAUGGAAAGCAUAAAAAAACCACCAAACUUAAGGUCGUCUCGCAAUAGAUAUGUUCCUAAAACUGAAAGAACGUCCCCUCAAACUGAUCAAAUCCACAGUACUGUUGAUGGCAAGGAUAGCUCACCUACAGCACCAAAACCUCCUCGUAGGGAUUUGGACACCUCUAAUUCAACUACAAGUAGAAGAAAAGUAAUACCUGUCGAUUUUGACUUAAAGCUCGAUGCGGAGGACGAAGAUGACGACGAAGAUUACAAUGAUGAAUUUGCAGUAACAAGAUUCGAAGAAGAGGAUGAAGCGGUUUUGCAGAAUUAUUGGCAACUGAAGGAGGAUUACCCGUUCGCAGAUAGGAGUACUACUCGUAACAGACAUAAAGAUCAGAGGGACGAUGACGAAGCAGGUUCUGCGAACCCUUGGCGACGAACAGGUGGAUUGCGUUUAACUAGAAAUGAAUACCAUCGAUUUUGCGACACACAACUUGAAUCUUAUGAUCUCGCAACACAAUGUCCAUCUAGAAGAGCAUCGGCUCGAAAACAUGCGGCAAGGCGUAGCAUAGCUCUUACAGCGUUAACCGGUACUACAUCUCUUCCUCAUUCGAGACCUCAGAGUCGGCAGCAUACAGGUGCGACGGAGUCAGCAUCGAGUCAGGGUCCUAGUCCUAAUGUUAGCAUGAAUCCUAGUCCAAGUUUGAGUCCUCAACCCAGAACAAGGCAACCACGACGAUCUCAAACUAUUGCUGAGGGUACGAAGAAUGCUGAAGAUCAAAAUGAAGACUGGCAGGACGAUAAAGGACAGAAGCCUACAUUGGGUGAUAUGUUCCUGGAUGAAAGGCUUUCUUUAACUCUAGAGGAGAUCGUGCAUAUUCGCAGUGUACUAACUAAAGCUGAAUUGGAAUCUCUACCCGUAGAAGGACGCGUGAAGGAGGAUGUAGAAAAACGACGUGUUUGUUUUCUUUGCCUAAAAACUAGAUUUGGAUUGUUAGGACCUUGGGGGCAACGUUGUCGUUUAUGCGAGAGAACCGUAUGCGUAAAAUGUUAUUCCAAAAUGCGAAUUCCAACAGAACAUUUUGCCCACGUUCCGGUAGUUUUAUUAUCUCCUGGCCUUCUUCUUUCUCCGUCAUCUUCAGAACCGGAUACUAGCAAGAGCUCUUGGUUGAGAGGCAACGGAGCAGCUGGAUCUGCUCCGGCAUCACCAGCCUCUAGACGCAAAGAUUCAUCAUUGAAAAGCGUGACACCUUCAUCCACGCCUACUACGACACCUGUUUUGAUACUUACACCGACUUCCACGCCGCCUUCUCAUGCACGUCGUGAAACAGAGAAUCAAGAUAAAAGUAAAAUUUGGUUGUACAGGAGUUACAAAGGCAGUGGUAGUCCAGCCAAUGUACCAUCACCAAAGGCAUUCUCCAGUUUUUCUAGUCAUAGCUCGGAACAACGAUUGGCUGCAGAACGAUUACGGGGCGUCUCAAUGGUGGUCUGUCAUGAUUGCCGCAUAAUGGUAAUACAGAUAAUCAAGAGUUCAAGAACAACACGGGCUACGAUACGCAACAAUGUUAUUUCACGACUUACUUUGAACCUUUCGCCAGCCUAUGUUUGAAUUCUAUCCGGAAAAACAAAGUUCCAUGCACGAGAUUUUUGUUAAGCAAAAUGGCGCGUCUCGUUUUCGAUUCUGAUAA